AUGCAAAAGAAUCAUCACUUCUCCAAGUCAAACCGCUUCCCAUCCACCUCCAAGUGGCGGCCCAAUAACUGCCACCCUGCCACUCCCACCCACAGCACCAGGCCUGCCCUGAUUGACGAGAGGCUCAUCGAAGGAUCCCAGCGGUCUCCCCACGACUCAAUCCGUCCUGCUUGUGAUGACGAGGGAGAUGAGUUUGAUGCCUUCGAUCUCGAGCUACUGGCCCAAACCGAAGCUUCAGCAGUGACGAUGCCUCGAGGGAACUCGGGGUUUCCUGUAUCUACGCCUCUCCAGGGAUCGUACCAGUCCGAUCAAGCGUACUACAAUGCUCCCCAGCAGACUUCGAGAUUCUUUCAUCCAAGUGCUAGCAUCACCCCUCUGCGAGGCCCAGGGUCCAGAUCCUCAGAAAUGGGAUCAGCGACCCCAUCGAGCCCGUUGAUGCGGAAGGCAGGUCCGCUGGAACAGGGCUAUCUUGAGACUGACCGCAUGUACUAUCAACUAGAUACCACGCAGUCAUCUUCCCAGCCCUUUUCAUGCCAUCAAAGCGCAGAGACUGCAACACGCCCCAAAGUCCCCUUCCCCGAUAUCCCACCCUCUAUUCGAGGGAUCGUUCUUGUCUCCGUGAACGAUCUCCCUGAACCAUACAGAUCGCUCUUUCGGUUCCCGCUGUUCAAUGCAAUCCAAUCCAAAUGCUUCCAUGCUGUCUACAACACCAGUGAAAAUCUUGUCCUCUCCGCUCCAACGGGUAGCGGCAAGACGGUUAUCAUGGAACUAGCCAUCUGCAGACUCCUCAACACCCUGAAAGACGAGCGAUUCAAGGUUGUCUACCAGGCGCCCACGAAAGCACUGUGCGCAGAACGCUUCCGAGACUGGAACCACAAGCUAUCCGCCCUGGACCUCAAAUGUGCAGAGUGCACCGGCGACACAGACUACACGCAGCUCCGCAGCGUGCAGAACAGUCAGAUCAUUAUCACGACGCCCGAAAAAUGGGACAGCAUGACCCGCAAAUGGAAAGACCACAUGCGUCUCAUGCAGCUGGUUAAACUGUUCCUCAUUGACGAAGUGCAUAUCCUCAAGGAAACCCGCGGUGCCACCCUCGAAGCAGUCGUCUCGCGCAUGAAGAAUAUCGGAUCGAAUGUGCGCUUUGUGGCUCUCAGCGCCACGGUCCCUAAUUCGGAGGACAUCGCGACGUGGCUUGGCAAGGAUGCCACGAAUCAGCAUGUUCCUGCGCACAGAGAGCAUUUCGGAGAGGAGUUUCGGCCGGUCAAGUUGCAGAAAUUUGUUUAUGGGUAUCAGUCGACCGCGAAUGAUUUUGCUUUUGAUAAGAUUUGUGCUUCCAAACUUCCCGAUGUUCUUGGGAUGCACUCGUCUCAGAGACCUAUCAUGAUCUUUUGCUGCACCAGGAACUCGACUGUUGCCACUGCCAAAGAACUGGCUCGUCUGUGGACGAUGACCAAUCCACUAGCUAGACUUUGGAAGGGACCAAGCAAGCGUAUCGAAUCGCACAAUGACGACCUGAAGGCCACCGUCGCCGCGGGAGUGGCCUUCCACCACGCCGGACUUGGUCCCGCAGACCGCCAUACCGUCGAGAAGGGCUUUCUGGGAGGUGAAAUCAGCGUGAUCUGCUGUACACCAACACUCGCAGUUGGAGUCAACCUGCCCUGCCACUUGGUGAUCAUCAAAAACACCGUGGGCUGGCAAGAGGGCGGGUGCAAAGAGUACUCCGAUCUCGAUAUGAUGCAGAUGCUCGGUCGAGCAGGCCGGCCCCAGUUCGACGACAGUGCCACGGCAGUAAUAUUAACCCGCAAGGAACGAGUGGCUCACUACGAGAAACUAGUCUCUGGCUCUGAGAGCCUGGAAAGCUGCUUGCAUCUCAACCUGAUUGAGCACCUGAAUGCGGAGAUCGGGCUGGGGAACGUCUCUGACGUGGACUCGGCGGUUAAAUGGCUUGCGGGCACGUUUUUGUUCAUUCGUCUGCGACGGAAUCCCACGCAUUACAAGCUCAAGGAGGGUGCGAACCAGGAUGACGAGGAUGAGAUGCUUCGGCAAAUCUGUGACAAGGAUAUCAAGCUUCUUCAGGAAAGUGGGCUGGUGGAGUCCGAUGCUCUUCGAUCAACCGGGUUUGGAGAAGCAAUGGCACGGUACUACGUCCGAUUUGAGACUAUGAAGAUGCUUCUCUCGUUGAAGCCACAGGCAACCAUUUCCCAGACCCUUACCGUAAUCUCCCAAGCCGAGGAAUUCCGAGAACUCAGACUCAAAGCCGGUGAAAAGUCUCUGUACCGAGAGAUCAACAAUGACCCCGGCAUCCGGUACCCGAUCAAAGUCGACAUCGCCCUGCCAUGCCAUAAGAUCUCGCUUCUCCUCCAAUCCGAGCUGGGAGCGAUCGAGUUCCCGGACAGUGACCAGCUCCAAAAACACAAAUUCCCCUUCCAGCAGGAUAAAAACCAGGUCUUUGCGCAUGUCAGCAGAUUGAUUCGGUGUCUAAUCGACUGUCAAAUUGCGCGGGGCGAUUCAGUCGCCAUUCAAAAUGCCUUGUCCCUGGCACGCAGCUUCGGCGCGAAGGUGUGGGAUCACUCGCCGCUUCAGAUGAAGCAGAUCGAGCAGGUGGGUGUUGUUGCUGUGCGCAGACUGGCUGCGGCGGGGAUUAUGAGCAUUGAGGCACUGGAGUCGACGGAGGCGCAUCGCAUCGAGAUGGUUCUGAGUAAGAACCCGCCCUUUGGGAGCAAGCUGCUCGGACGGCUCAAGGAAUUUCCAAAGUUGAGGGUUGCUGUGAAGAUCAUGGGCAAGGAAACGAAGAUUGGCGCCGUCAUCAUCCGCUUCAAAGUGGACAUGGCAUUUAUGAACGACAAAGUCCCUGUCUUCUUUCAGCGUCGGCCUGUUUAUGUCUGCUCCUUGACUCAGACUUCGGAUGGACGAAUGAUUGACUUCAGACGGGUUAGUGCGAGUAAGCUCCAGGAGGGACUUCAAGUACAGCUCUCUGCAGAAGUGAAGAGCCCAGAUCAGUUCAUUGUUUGUCAUGUCAUGUGUGAUGAUAUCGCGGGGACCUGGAAACAGGCUGAGAUCAGACCUGACCUGCCUUCGCAUUUCUUUCUGUCUAAACGCGAUGAGAACGCCAGCGGACCAGGAAAUGACGUUUCGCAACGCAUUUCUCGCAAUGGGGAUGUAUCUGCGCGAAUCAAUAGAGAGAAAGAUGACUUCGACGGCGAUGACCUGGAACUCGACGACUUCCUUGCUGCAAGUCAGAGCCCCGAGAAAGCGAAGAAAUUCAUUGAGCCGUUAAGCUGUCAGCUGGACAGUGCAGACUGGCUGUCCAUUGACAAUACUCCCACCCCCAGCCCGCCACGUCCAGCCCACAAAUCCCACGGAUGGACCGCCAUAAAUGACACCUGGCCGACAAACCCAAACAUGUGUACUGUCCAGCUGGAGGAUGAGGAAAACGAAAACGAGCCGGUCCGACUUCCAACUGGACGGUGGGCAUGCAAUCACAAAUGCAAAGACAAAACGAGCUGCAAGCACUUCUGCUGCCGAGAUGGCCUGGAGAAACAGCCCAAACCCAGUAAGAAGCGGGCUGCUAUUCCGAAUCAGAAGAGUGCCGGCCUCAGUCAGUUGACUUUGUCGGCGAGUAUGAACAAGAAAAACUCGGCGGACAGCUUGAAGGAGGAGAAAGAGGAGGAACAAGAUGAGGAGAACGCCUUGCCUGAGAGAAAGUACGAGAAGAAAAGGACGAGUGGAUUGUUAGCCUCUUCGGAGCGUGGUGGGGUUAACACCAACCGUCGGCCGAAGACUAUGUCCAGUGAUUAUGACGAUGACGGUUUUUUCGACGACUUGCCGUCUCGGUCGGUGCUGAUGGGGAAAGUGGCAUCGAGUGUGGUGAAGCCGAACGCUCAUGCUCAAGAACUCAACGACACAGCUGGAUCGGGAGUGGAAAUAGAGGAAAUGAAAGAAGUACGCAACACUGCCAAGGUCACUGCUCUCCAAGUCGGAACAGCCAUGCCCACAUCGCCUGCCAAGCAGGACCAGCCUCCCAAGCUACAGGAAGAUCUGGAUUUCUUCGAUGUGUGGGAUGACCUGACAUCUGAACCGGAGAUCUCCAAGGAUCUCAAAGAGACUGAGGCUUCGAGAGACGUUGUGGCACUGCUCCCGUCGAAGGCAAACGGAUCGCGCAAACCCAAGCGAAAGGCUAGCAAGAUGGAUGGAGUGGAAGGGCAGUUGUUUCAGCAUGAGAAACGGGUCAAGCAUGCUCCUUCGAGGUUCGCCACCACUCCUGAGGAACCGGCGCAGAUCGAGCACAAGGCGAUGAAGGUCUCUGAUGAGUGGGAAGAUAUCGACCCGCUGCUGCUGGAUGAGUUCAAGGAUAUUGUUAACUUCUUCUGA